GAUGACUCACAGGUGGAUUACACGGUAACAGACAUUGGAACGGACACGACUAUGACUUGGAUCUGUGACUCAGUGAAGGAUAGGGGCACGGACCUAUCCACCAGUGCUAGAAUUAGCAGCAGUCAGGGCAAGGUGAGCGCAUCUGUAGAGGAUAAAAGUAGCACAGUUGAGAACAAGAUGCUUCAGGUUUGUCCUUGCGGCUGGCAGAAAGUAACAUCAGUGAAAGGCCUCAGAACUCAUCAGGGAAAGAAGAAGUGUGUGGCAAAGAAAGGGCAGAGUAGCCGCAUUGAUCAGUACUUCUUAAGAAGUCAGUCGAGUCAGUCGGAUGAAGUCCAGCGGCAGGUAGAAAACCACAGUUCGCAGGAUAUCAGUAACGCUGCCACUGAGGAGGAGGGGGUAGUAAGAGAAGAUGCAGGUGACACUGAGGCCAGUAUGCUAGCCAGAGAGAGAACCAUGGAGCAAAAGGUUAGAGUUAGAUGGCCUAGAGCAAAUGACAGUAAAGAAUGGGAGAUAGUUAAUAGAGAUUUGUCAGUAAUCUUGAGUAGGCUUAGAGGAAAUGCAAUGGAAAGGUUAGAAAAGAUGGGAGAUAUAAUGUAUUCAUAUGGUGUAGAAAGGUUUGGGGUGCAUGAGAGAAAGAGGAGUGAGAGGGUACAGUCAGGUAAGUCUAGGCGGCAGAGAGAAAUAGAGAAGUUAGUCAAGGAAAGGAGACAGUUAAGAAAGCAGUGGAAAAAGGCUACAGAAGAAGAAAGGGAGGGAAUUAAGGUGUUGCAAGAGGAGUUGAGAAGCAGGCUAGCAGUUCUUAGAAGGGCAGAGCAUCUCAGGAAAAAGAGGAGGAAGAAGGAAUAUGCUAGGACAGGUUAUUUCAGGGACCCUUUUAAGUUUGUUAAAGGAUUGUUCAGCCAGGAAAAGGGAGGGCAGCUUAAAGCAGAAAGGCUAGAGGUUGAAGAAUAUUUGAGAAACACAUAUUCAGAUUUGGAGAAGAAUAGGAUAGUAGGUUUCCCACCUGAUAUCCCUCCAUUAGGAGGGAUAGAGCAUGAGAUGGAUGUCAGGCCACCUAGGUGGAAGGAAGUUCAGGAGGUGGUCAGGCUCUUCCAGAGGAUAAAAUGGGCUUUCGGAGAGAGUCUGUCCACCAGUUCUCCAUGCCAGCACAUGGCACUCAGUCAUGGGAAGAUCAACUCAUGGCACUACCAACAAACUGUAUCAAGUCAGUCAGACCAGAGCCCGGUUGGCCAUCUGGAGUAUCGAGACCAUUGA